AUCAUUCCCGGCUCCGGUAGAACCGCAAUGGCCUCGUCUCCCGUCAAAGACUUCGUAGUGGGCUAUUUAAUGCCGGAGAAAUGCUACGAGAGGAUUUUCAUCAACCUCCACUUGCAUGUGCCCUGCUUAAAGUUUGCACUCAACAGAAUUGCUGGAUUUUGCAUCAUACUGGACACAUUUCUGGCACCGCUGCCUCAGCUGAUCAAGAUACUAUGGAGAGGACGUGCAGAAGGCCUCAGUGUCGGCGCCGUCCUGCUGCAGCUUUACACGCUCUCCUGUCCCGUCGUCUACGCCAUGGCCUACAACUUCCCCUUUUUCGCCUGGGCUGAGAGACUCGUCACGCUGGCCCCGACCGCAGCCAUCCUCUUCCUCAUCCUCCAUUACCAGGGCGAUACCCUCAAAGGACUGCUGCUCCUCUGCGGUUUCGGCGGUGCGGUUCUUCUCCUGGGCUCCUGUGCAGCUGCAGCAGUCGCCUCAGUGAUGCAGGCCUCCAGCUUGGCAGCUUUGAUAGCAAGCAAGCUUGUCCAGAUAAUAGUGAACUACCAAAACAGCCACACAGGUCAACUGUCCACGGCAUCGCUGUCACUGACAUGGACCGGGUCUCUGGGCGUCGUCAUUGCUUCUCUUCAGGAGGUCGGGGUGUCUCUCACCAGUCUGUCACACAUGCUGUCUGCGUGUCUCAGCUCUGUCCUCCUGCUCCAGGUCCUCGGCUGCACGAGCAGCAUCACUUCUGCUGCAAAGAAGAGGGAUUAGCAGUGGUGGAGGGAGAAAUCUGUGGUUCUGAGCCAGAUGUGGGCCUGUCAGGUGCAGGAGAUGUUUACGUCGUCCUUCUGGGCCUACAGGGUCUAGAGGCGACUCAUUUCUACUUAAAAACAAAAAGGGGAAAACAUGUUUUGAGCUGAAUUUAUGUGUAAAUGAAAAGUUUCUUGUCUGCAGUUGUUUGUUGUUGGUUUAAAGGAUUUAAGUCUGUUGUCGCCCUCUUGUGGCUCGAAUACGCAACAGCACUCAGUUAUUUGGUUUCGUUCAGGAAAAAAAAGAGUAACAGUUCUUUCACUGUUAUUAUUUUUUUUCUCAAUUUGAUCUAACUGAAAUCUUCACAGCUGGAUAUCAUUUUAGGGCAGUUUAAGUGUUUUUUUUAGAGUUUCUGCAGAGAUCCAGCAUGUAGUUUAAGACGUAUCAUUUCAUAUUUUCACUUUGUUCAUAUCAGUUUUAUUUAUAGGCUGUAGCGUCUAAUUAAAAUACGUUUUUUUUCUAGAGCGAUGAUUUUAAAUAAUAAAUGUUAAAGGUUGCGUAGAAGAACCUCUGAUUGUUUUUUAUUUUUUUAUUUUUACAAUUUGAUCUAACUGAAAUAUUCACAGCUGGAUAUCAUUUUAGGGCAGUUCAAGUGUUUUUUUUAGAGUUUCUGCAGAGAUCCAGCAUGUAGUUUAAGACAUAUCACGUCAUAUUUUCACUUUGUUCAUAUCAGUUUUAUUUAUAGGCUGUAUCGUCUAAUUAAAAUACAUGUUUUUUUUCUAGAGCAAUGAUUGUAAAUAAUAAAUGUUAAAGGUUGCGUAGAAGAACUUCUGAUUGUGUUUUAUUUUUAAUUUUUACUGCAUUACCUAAUAUUCUCCUGAAACACUGAUUCUCUCACAUCAAAACCAAAAGUAUUUCU